GAGAUCAGUCGAUUACUUUCGUGGCUACCGUAAACCUGUUAGAGGAGUUUAUCCUCCGCAGCACCGUGUAGUAAUAAAGUAAAAGUGAAACUACAUGAGUUGUGUUUUGCUGAUAAUUCUCCUACGGGAAGGAAGCUCAUCCUGUGACGUGGUUUCGGGUUUCUCGUGAGCAUUUUUGGGAGAAGCAAGUUGCAUUGUUUCUACUUUUUCUGCUGGCCGUCCCGCGUACAGAAAAGAGGAGCUCGUGCAGACUUCAAUGAAGCGAUUCAAGAAAAUGCACCUCACGGUCGAUGACUGCAAAGCUCUCGCAGAAGGUUCAUCCUCCUUGACGCAGCCGUUCAGUCAAAGACAAAGUAGAGGAGAUGUAAACAGGAGCCUCCAUCCCACCCACCGGACAAGGAGACAUCAAGGAGGCCAAGGUCAGCAGAAGAGCAUCACUGAUUACUUCAGGAUCUCUCAGACACAACAAGUAGGUACCGGUGGGACGAAGAACUGUAGAAUCAAAGAAGAGCUACUGGAUCCCAUCUUCAGUGAACCUGAUGAUUCCCUCAGCAGUGUCUCCACUGUGAUGGAGAUCAGCAGUGAUUCCUGCUCUUUUCUGGAGGAUGAAGACUUUGUACCAGCUCCCACGGUAAGCUCCAGAAAAUGGCCUCUGUCCACUGCAGCUGCAGGCGUUCACAAGCCAGAGCACGAUUUGUGGGAUAAGCCUGAGAAGCAGCAAAUGGUCGUUCAUCCAGAACCCAGCCUGAUCAAGCAGGAACACAGCCAAAUCAAGCAGGAACUUGAUGAUAUGGAAAUCGAACCAGUCCCUGAUGCACACUAUGGACUCCUGGGGACUCGUAACUGGGAAGUGCCUCAGGGAAGUAUUGACGAGCUGCCUGUUGAAGUCCUGAGGAACAUCUUUGCUUUCCUACCAGUGACUGAUCUGUAUCAGAACCUGAGCCUGGUGUGUCACUGCUGGAGGGAGAUAGUCAGGGAUCCACUGUUCAUUCCUUGGAAAAAGCUGUACCAUCGGUACCUAAUGAAGGAGGACACAGCCCUGCAAACAGUUGAGCGGAUCUUGCAGGAUUUUGCCAUAACAAAGGAGCAGGAAGGAUGUGUGUUGGGGCUGAUCAGGUAUGUGUCUGCCAUACCCACCGGACAGAAGGUAAAUCCCAGUGCGGUUCUCCGGUGUUUGAAGAGUCAUCACCUCUUCUCAAAGGCUGAAGUCUGCGUUGUGAACAAACUGCCACAUUUACAGAGCAGGAUGGGGCCUGAGAACAUGUGGGCCAUAAUUGCAGUCAUGGUGCUUUUCUCCGAUGGCGUCAGUGACAUCCAAAGGCUGAUGGCAUGUCUGCAGAGACCCUGCUCUACCCUCUCUGUUGUGGACAUGACCGAGACGCUUUACUGCAUAGCCACGCUGCUCUACGCGAUGAGAGAAAAGAACAUUGCGAUCACUAACAGGAUCCAUUACAAUAUUUUCUACUGCUUGUACCUGAUGGAAAAUGCUUCAGUAACUAUGCAGACAGUAGAAGAGGAAACACCAGCACCACACUGCAGACGAGACUUAUGGGCCGGUAGCUGGCCUGAAAUAAAGCUGACCCAUGAACAGCAAAGGAUUUUGAAUCACAAAAUUGAGCAUGGUCAAGUAGUUAAGAUUAUGGCAUUUGCAGGUACAGGAAAGACCUCAACCUUGGUCAAAUAUGCGGAGAAGUUUGCUGAUCUGAAUUUCCUUUACGUGACGUUUAACAAAGCUGUUGCAGAGAGGGGGAAAAGUGUCUUCCCCAGAAAUGUUACGUGCAAGACUUUCCAUUCAUUAGCAUUUGGAAGUGUCGGCAAACUCUAUAAAGAAAAAGGCAAGCUGAACUUCUCCAAGAUGUCAGUUUACUCCGUGAGUUCCCUUAUCCAAAACCGUGAAGGACAAUCUCUGUUCAUAAGAGGGAAAACAGUCUCACAGACCCUUGAAAACUUUUUUGCCUCUUCGGAUAAAGAGAUCUGUGAAGAGCACACUCCUAUUUGGUUCAAAAAUACUCACGGCAUUAGAAAACUUGUCAGCCGACGAGAAAAGGAAAUCAAUGUGGAAGAGGCGAAAGAGAUAUGGCACAACAUGAAGAAGCUGGAUGGAGACGUAGAGAAGAAAUACAAGAUAACUUGUGAUGGGUAUUUGAAACUUUGGCAGCUCAGCAAGCCUCAGCUCUCAGGAUAUGAUGCCAUUUUUGUCGAUGAAGCACAGGACUGCACUCCAGCCAUCGUGGAUAUUGUGCUGUCACAGAAAUGUGGCAUAAUCCUUGUAGGAGACCCUCACCAGCAGAUCUAUACCUUCCGAGGCGCUGUCAAUACCCUCUACUCGGUGCGUCACACCCAUAUCUACUACCUCACCCAGAGUUUCAGAUUUGGUCCUGAAAUAGCUUACAUUGGAGCAACCAUCCUGGAUGUCUGCAAGAAGAUCAGGAAUAAGACGUUAGUGGGUGGAAGCCAAAAGGGUGAUGUGAGAGGCAGCAGGGAAGGGAAGAUAACAAUCUUAUCACGAAGCAAUUUAAAUGUGUUCGAGGAUGCUGUGAAACUUACUGGAAGAGAGAGACCGAUUAAAAUACACGUGAUUGGGGGGCUCGCCCGUUUUGGCCUGAGCAGAAUUUAUGAUAUUUGGAAACUCAGUCAACCUGCAGAUGAACGGAAGAAAGCAAACCUUGUUAUAAAUGAUUCCUUUAUCAAAAAAUGGGAAGAAACUCGGGGCUUCUUCGGUUUAAAGGAAUAUGCAGAGUGCAUCGAUGACAAAGACCUGGAAGUGAAAAUUGCGAUAGUGGAGAAAUACAAAGAUCGGAUCCCUGAGCUGGUGAAGAAGAUUGAGAGCAGCCAUGUGUCACAAGAAGCCAUGGCAGAUUACCUCAUAGGUACUGUCCACCAAGCCAAAGGCCUGGAGUUUGAUACGGUGCUGAUUGCAGAUGACUUUGUGGAAGUACCGUGUCUCAGUGGCAAUUACCAGAGAAGAACUAACUUCAGUAUCGGCAUGUAUCCAGAGGAUGAAUGGAACCUGCUCUAUGUAGCAGUGACACGCGCAAAGAAGUAUUUACUGAUGUCAAAGUCCCUGGAACAUCUUUUAGCAUUGGCUGGGGAGCAUUUCCUUCAGGUGGAGCUGAUGAGUGAGGCUACGAAGGACGGAGCUGCCAUCACUUGUUCUAUGCCACAGUGUACAAAAACAUUGCAAUCCGGCUCUGGGCUGGUUGUGAAGAAGCUCCCUUUGACUCACAGCAAUGGCAGCAGGGAUGCAGGUGGUUACCUUUGCCACGCUUGCACGCAGCAGCGCUUUGGCUCGUUGACACCACUGACCCUUUUCCCAGCGCUUCAGGAACAGCCCAUCCAGUUCUAACGAAACAUUCCAGCUCCCCAGAGCCCUCGCUGCACCCCGGAGCCAUCCUGGAUGCGGGACGAGGCCUGUUGUUACAUCCCAGCUCCAAAAUGAGGUGGAUAUUGCAGCAGGAUUUCACACCAGCUCUGAGAGGAACCCUCCAGGCUCUCUGCAAGGUGCGAGCGAGACCUUUUCUCCAGCCCUGCCUGGCCCUCCAAGAGCUGGUCAGCACGGCACGCACCACUGCACAGAAUAUGCACUAUAUAUAAACUGUAUCGGACAGGACAGCUUGGUUUUUUGAGCAUUACCUCUCUGUUAUUUCCAGGAAAACACCUCUAGUGACCAAACUGCCAGGAUUUCCUUGCUUAUUCCAUCACGUCAUGCCUCAGUGAAAUCCCUCUGAGCCACCAGAAGAGGAAAUGCGACACUGAAAAGAAACGCUAUUCCUAGAGAAUGGACUUUUUCCUGGAGCCUAUUUUAAUAUGGAAAAUGUCACUUAUCAGCUCUGGCAGGAAGCUGUUCAUCUCUGCCAGCUGAAUUAAUCUUCCUUAUUUGCAGCAGAGGAGUUUCCCCAGACUCUGUUUCCAUUCUCCCUGCAGGAAACAAUAAGGGAAGAAGAGAGACCGCAUCUGAAGAACUGCUUUGGUUUGAGUCUAAUUCAGAGACAAACGGGAGAGAGUUUUUAAUGCUGCAAUUACAUUUGUAACCAAAAAAAAAAAAAAAGCCUUAAUGCUUUCUUUUUUUUCUCUUCUCUUCCAUUAAGAAGUUGUCCUGGGUUACAUUUAUUUACCAGCCAUCACAGUAGCAAUGGUGCAAGUAGCACGGUGGUCUUGUAAAUCAGAUGGUGUUUUCUCCGCUUGACGACACCGUAACUCGUUGUACCGGAGCCCGUGUCAGGUGGAGAUCAAAACCGAAACCAGUUUCAGAAGAGAUCUGCUCUUGGACGUGAGCCCAGAGCUGUGAGCCAUGCCUGCUGGAGGAAGCUCACACAUCCUGUUGACUUCCAUGGUUAUUCAUUGAACAGUAGCUGGUCCGCUUGCUCUCCUUUCACUUUCGAAGCACUGACUCCAGAAAAGCUUUUUCUCUUCUGCUCACCUAAGCAUGGGUAGAAGUUGCCCCAAGACUCAGACACUGGAUCUAACAGCAAAACUCAUCGCAGAUGUUGGACCGGGCACCUCCUGGGAUCCCUCCCAGCCGUGGCACAGUGGGGAGAGGCAGCGCCGCUGCCGGAGGGUUUGGUCCGUCACGCGUCCAAAGUGCCGCUCCCGUCUGUCCCUGCUGUCCCCCACCGUCACGGCUGCCCGGACACCCGACGAGAUAAAAAAAUCAACCUCUGUGUGUGCGUUAUUUUAUAUACAAAAUGUACACAUUUAUAC